CAAGACUCUUAAUCUCAGGGCUGUGGGUUUGAGCCCCACGUCCAGCAAAUGUUCUCUGCACUGGAUGUCCCUUGUGGUUCCUUCUAACUCUACAAUUUUAUGCAAGAAGGAAGGGUGGAGAGAACAGGCUGCAGGGACUGAAUCUCCUGCCUGUCGGCGACCAAGAUGCUGGAGAAAGUCGUCGGCUGGCUGACGAUCCGAAAUGAAACCAUCCGGCAGGGACUGGCUGAGGCUCUGUCCACCUUCAUCCUGAUGGUUAUUGGACAGGGCUCUGUUGCCCAGGUAGUAAUAGGAAGGAAUAGCUAUGGGGACUUUCUGAGCAUCAAUCUGGGAUUUGGAUUCGGUGUCAUGUUAGGAAUCCACGUAGCUGGUGGAAUCUCAGGUGCUCACAUGAAUGCAGCAAUUACAUUUGCAAACUGUGUUGUGGGGAAUCUGCCAUGGUACAAGCUUCCGGCGUAUGUGAUCGGCCAGUUCGUGGGAUCCUUCUUGGCUUCUGCUAUAACGUUUGCACUGUAUUAUGAGGCCCUGAUCGAUUAUUCCGGGGGGACCCUGACUGUUGGAGGACACUCUGGCACGGCAAACAUCUUUGCCACCUACCCGUCUCCGUACAUGUCGACUUUGGGCGGCUUUGUAAAUGAGUUCAUCACUACAGCUGUGCUAUUGAUCGGAAUCCUUGCCAUCAACGACCUGAACAAUGCAGGUGCUCUUCCAGGCACCCAUGCCUUGAGUGUUGGGCUUCUGGUUGCGGUCAUCGGCAUGUCCUUGGGGAUGAACACAGGCUACGCCAUCAACCCUUCCAGAGACUUGCCACCAAGGAUCUUCACAGCCAUUGCUGGAUGGGGGCUGGAUGUCUUCAAGGAAUCAAAUCAUUGGUGGUGGGUCCCAAUAGGCGCACCGAUGUUGGGAAGCCUCCUUGGAAUUUUCAUCUACAACAUCUUCAUUGACUUUCACAAUCGCCCUCGGCUGGAUGGGACCAAGAAGCCAGACUGCGAGGGCGAAGAGACCAUUGAGCAGAGACUGUGAAAUCUGGACUCCCGUCCACCGGAUCCUGGACUUGGGACUGCUCCAUAGCAGACAGCUGUCUGCUAUGACCACAGUGCCCAAGAGCGUGCAAGCAGCCAUCAAUCUAUGUACUUAGCUAAUAAACAGAGUGCACUUUUUGCGG